AGUAUCCCCGGGGCACUGAAUCGAGCCGGGGCCGACCUCGAACAUCGACAUGUCGCGUUCGCCAGGACACGCCAUAUCAGGCCAGACAGUGGCAUGAUUACACCUAUGCAUAUACUUGCGUUGACGGCAAUCGAUAACGCCCGAAAGCAACGCCUAUGCAGGAUGUUGGCUUCGGUCAACUUCGACUUGAGCCUCGCCGAGCACGUUAUAGCCUGCUGUCAAGCGCUAUUGUCCCAAUAGAGUGCAAGUAACAUAUACAUCAAGUGGCGGAGUCUGUAUCCCGCUCUGAAUUGUGCUCGGGGCGACGUCUCCUGGCUCCGGGCGUGCGGGUUUGGCUGGGGAAACGCACCCCCAGGACGGCACGUGGUGUCAGCCAGGGGAGACUGUCAUUCUAGCAUCAGUAAGCCUUAGGCGUCAUCCAGGACAUGGCGGCAUCCUUGAACGACAAUCUUCCAGGGGUUUUUGGUGCCGUCGAAUGGGCGGGCCGGGAGACACGCUUUUUGGUGAUUGCUUGGUCGCCAGCCGACAUCGGAAGGUUGCUGGGUUCGUUCAGAGUUGGCCUGUGACAUAGCAUACUACCUUCAAUACUUGCCCUCUGGUUGCGCCCGAUCACGCCAACACAAGUCGGCGUAGAGUUCAGACGGGCCGGAGUACCAAACUUGCACCGGCUUCUGCAGCAGAGCUGAAUCCUCGUAACAACUCGUUGCAACAAAUGUCUUCCUUACAUGAUACAGGAGUGCACCCGAGUCUUAAAAGUCGCAUCAACGCAAGCUCGACGCAGCUCGACCAGCUAGCAGCCGAAAUUGCCGAGCUCCACGAGCUGCACGCCAAAUCCCACCGUUUCCGUCUGUGCAAACUCGCGAGCAAAAUUCUGUUGGUCGCCUCCGGCGAGCCGUUUCUGACGUCCGCGCCCUUCAAGAGCCGUGGCGUGUCAGACCCGAGCACCUUGGCAGUUGCAGCUGCGCUGGAGACCACCGCGCAGGAUUUCAUAGCAGCAGCUGACGGCAUCGUGGCGCGCCACAACAGGGCCAUUCGCCCGCACGAAGUGGACGAGCUGGAUGAGGCGGUGGAAGAGAUGACGUGUCUUAUUACGCCGGCCCUGGAGAAGAUGGCGCAGUGGGAGUGCAUCGUGGUUAAGAACUAUGCGGCCAUCAGGUCGGCCUUCAGCGCCAGCUUCAACAGCAAAGCUGCUCUGGCUGCUUGAGCAGGCUGCUUGCUGUGGAGCAUCAGCAGUAGCACGAAGUUGUGGACCAGCGACAGCAGCAGAGGAGCGAGAAGCAGUUACAGCUAGCAGUUGCAACGGCAGCCGCAGCAGAUGAGCUGCAUCACUUGUGGAGCAGCAGCAGUUGGAUCACCAGCAGCAGCAACGGUAGCAGCAGGGUCAGCAGCAGCCCUGCAGCAGUUGCUGCUGUGUGCAGCUGCAGCACGGCGGCGAGCUGGCUGGACCUGGAGGGGGGCUGCGGCCGCCGCUGGGGCGGGCGCUGGGGUCAGCAACACAUCAGGAGGGCAGCGGCGGCGGUGCGGGGCGUGCAGCGGCGGUGCGGGGCGUGCAGCGGCGGUGCGGGGCGUGCAGCGGCGGUGCGGGACAUGCAGCGGCGGCGGCGCAAGGACCGCUUUCGCUUGUGCCCCCAGCGAGCCCACACCAGUCCAGCCUCCAGGCGGCUGUGGGGCGCCGCUGCUGCUGCUCCUGCUCCUGCUGCUGCUGUCUGAAUGACAGCCCCGGUGUGUUGGCGAAAACUAAAGCGAGUUUACGGCUCAAGUCGGAAUGCCAUGGAUAUGUGAGUCCAUGCCAGGUCGAAUGAGUGCGUGCCAGCCCCAUCCCUGGCAGCCUUGGGCAGGCGACGCAGCGGGAUUGUGUGGUGCCGUGAUUGUGUGGUGUCGUGAAUUUGUGGUGUCGUCGCGUUGCCACGCAAGGCGUGGUGGGGCGGGUUUGGUAGGUAUGCGGGCUGCGCCUGGUCCGCCCGACGGGAGCAACAACAAAUGGGGGCCAGGAACUUGGGGGCGAGGGAUACGGCACUGUUAGGCACCUGUUGCAACGCGUUUGUGCAGAGUGGAGGAUGCGGUGUGCUGUUGAGGUGCUUGUUGGCUAUGCGUUGAUUGAGGUGCUGGCGUGGGGCUUCAGUGGCACAGUCGGGAGCUGUUAACAGGAACGGUAUAUGGCAAGGCUGUGGGAGCCAGCUAACGCAUUAAUGCCAUAGGACCUUGCAUAGGACGACAGCGUUGGAUGCGGCGGGUGGCUAUCACUGACCACAUGUGGUGAUGCGCGCAUGCACAUUCACACGCAGAUACAUGCACCUGCGUGUGAGCACCUGCAAUCAAAGUAAUACGGUGCGGUGCGCUGCUUGGCUGCUGCGACGGUGGCCUCUUUAGCGUGGAUACCUGGCGGGGAGGCGCGCGUGCGUGAGGCGCGUCACCCGGGGCCGUGAAGGUUGCAAUAAUGUAAAUUUUGGCGUUC